ACCGUAACCUACUCCCGAUACACACCAUGGUUGAAGUUGAAAGAAGACCAAAUCCCCCAGGUUGGGUGCCACCCAAGGCCCCAUACAACCCAUACGACCCCACAGAUGUCAGACCGCCGGGCGGGUAUCCCUCGGAGUUUGCCACACCGGGUAAGAAGGUGAACUGGCAGUCGGUACCGCAAAACGCGUCCGAGUACAAAAAGGUACGCGAGACGAUGAAAAAGUUGAACUACACGCCAAGACCGCGCUCGGAGUUGUAUCCUGGACAGUACAAAGUCUUGAGAAGGAUCAAUACAUACUACAAUUUCAACCGCGGGAUCAAGUACGCUGCGUACGGGCUCUGUUUCUUUGGGUUAACCGUGUCGCUCUUUUCCAGAUGGAACGACGGAGGGUAUGAGCAUGUGUUCAGUGACUUCUACAGAGCCGGGUUACGCUUCAGACAGCAGAUGUUUGGGUACUUGUCCGAAGAGCAAUUGAAGGACUUGGAGGCGCCGCGCAAGAUCAGCGAGGGCUCUAAAGCUGCCAGAGGUGCCAAACCCACUAAUUUAGAUAAUUCCCUCGCGGUAGAAAGCGAAUAUGUGAUGCAGAGACCGACUACUGGGCACUUCUUGCAGGCGCAAACCACCUUGCAGGCCGCUGAGGAGCAGAAAAUGCGUGAGAUGGAUGGGAACGCCAUCGAGGCCCAGAUCAGACAAUUGGAGCAACUGGUGUACCAGGAGGCUCCCUCGGAAAAAAAGGCCAGAUGGAAGUUUUGGUAGAGGAAUGGUGUGUAUAUAGUCCUAAACCAUGUGUAUAUAAUGUGUCAAAUAUUUUCGUAGCCGGAAAGGGUG